GCUAGUUAAGUUCCAACUUUGCGCCUCUUUAGUCCAAAAAACCAAACCUCACAGUUCACUUUUUCCCUCUAUUUAAUCCCCCUUACCCCGCUCCCAUUUUUCCUCAACUCACAUCCCAAACUUCUUUACUUCCCUCACCACUUUUGCGCCUUUUCUAGCUCGCUCUUUACUCCUUUAGUGCACAAAUUCUUACACUAAAGGAACCCAAACAUGUCUCACGUUGUUUACCUUGUCCUCACCAUUUCCUCUCUUCUUUUUUACUCUUCCUUUGCUCAUCCCCAUGCCGGUCAAGGUUGGACCGAAGCUCACGCCACCUUUUACGGUGGUGGCGACGCUUCCGGCACCAUGGGAGGGGCAUGUGGGUAUGGAAAUUUGUACAGCCAAGGCUAUGGUACGAACACGGCGGCAUUGAGCACGGCGCUGUUCAACGACGGGUUGAGCUGCGGUGCGUGCUACGAGAUGCGGUGCGUUAACGACGCGAGGUGGUGUCUUCCUGGGUCAAUUAUUGUGACGGCAACAAAUUUCUGUCCACCAAACAAUGCGUUGCCAAACAACGCAGGAGGUUGGUGUAACCCUCCCUUGAAGCACUUUGACCUUGCUCAACCUGUUUUCCAACAAAUGGCUCACUACAAGGCUGGAAUUGUCCCCGUUUCCUAUAGAAGGGUAGCAUGCCGAAAGAAGGGUGGAAUCAGAUUCACAAUCAACGGUCAUUCUUACUUCAACUUGGUUUUAAUCACCAACGUUGGAGGUGCAGGAGAUGUUCAUGCAGCCUCAAUCAAAGGCUCCAGAACUAAUUGGCAAUCUAUGUCAAGAAACUGGGGGCAAAAUUGGCAAUCCAACUCUCUCCUCAAUGGUCAAAGCCUCUCCUUUAAGGUCACCGCCAGUGACGGCCGAACCGUCACCGCCCUUAACGUGGCUCCUCCUAAUUGGUCCUUUGGCCAGACUUACUCCGGUGGCCAAUUUUAAUAAAACAUAAAUAUCACUAGAAAAAAAAGGAAAGUCAUAAUUUUACUAGGGCAUAAUUAAUUAAACUAAGUGUAGUUUUUUUUUUAUUAAUACAAAGUGUGGGGUACACAAUAAUAAGGGUUAAUUUUAGUGUAACCCUUAUUAAGUUAUUAUAUAUCAGUCCUGAAUUUAAAAAGGAAAAUUAAAAAAUUGAUUUGGGCUUUUUUUUGUAACACCAAGCCCAUUUCAUAUUUUUUAAUUUUCUAAAAAAUUCAAUUAUGGGUCAUGGGUUAUUUUAUUUCUGUCCUGAUAUUAUAACGGGACAGAAUUUAGGCAGGGGUGGGUUUUUACCACCCGCCAAUAUUUAAUUGGUUAUUUUAGAAGUGAGUUUUUUUUUUUUAGGAAUAAUUAAAGUUUGGUUUGAAAGUUGAGUUAAGUGAUUAUUGUCUGUUAAGUUUGUGUUUAAGCAAAAUCAAGUGUAAUCACUGCAUUAGAAGUUAAAUUAUGUAGUUUGUUACGAGUAUAAAAGGGUGUUAUUAUUAUAUUUUUGAGUUAUGAUUGAAAGUUAUUUUUGUUA